AUGUACAGAAAUUCGGCGCAGUUGAAAUGCAUCAAAGGCAUUCCGCCCAACGCCCUCCCUUCGCCCGACAACACUAGCGACUCGGACUCGGAACUCCUCGAUGCCCUCGACCAGAAGAGGAGGCAAUUGGACGAGGAGGUUGCCAAGUUCAAGGCUGCGAAGGACCGCGAGUUUCGCGAAUUUGAGAAGCAGCUAUGGGUCAAUAAGAAGAGGUCGCGUGCGGGUGCCAACAGUGCUUCUGAAGGCACGCCCACCAGGGCUUCAUCCACCACGUCUGCCUUGAAUCUGCUGGCAUCGACGCAAAAUGGUUCGGUACCUGGCCGGCCAGGCUACAAGGCGAGAAGAGACGCAGGAGCAGGCGACAAGGUCAGAAAGCCGGCACCGCUGAGCGGGCCGACUCUGUCCUUGGAAAAAUUGAACAUUACUGGCGAAACCACGCCACCUCUGCAUACCCUGGGGACGCCACCCACACCUACAAUCCUAGCUCGGGCGAGAUCACGCUCUCCCACGAGUGCGGCGGCACGGCCGACAACGCCGCCCCCCACACAAUUAAAGACUGAUCCUCCGCUGACGUCCACUCCUACACCUUCGAAAGACCGAUCCGACCCCUUUGCUGGAGUGUUCACGCCCAUGUACCUGCCCCUUCUAGAGUCAAGCGAUCGUAGUCCGAUCGUGCGGAGUCCGCAGCCCAUGACUUCUGCGGAAGAGGAAGCAAAACGGCUACAGUUGGACGCGGAGUCUAAGGAGCGGGCGGAUCAAGUGUUGAAACAGCAGGCCCGAUCGUCCCAAUCGUUACCGCCACAACCGGUGUCGCCCACAGUUGUGGCGACCAAGCGUGCCCAGUCGACAUCUAUACUGCCGAGUGCCAGUCUCCCCAGUGCUUUAAGAAGUACCAGUGGCGGAGGAAGAAGGAGGAAGCAUGUCAUGUUCCAGCUGGCGGAUCUCAAAGUGGUCGAUCCGAGUAGCAGUUACGAAGAAGGGCCGAGUCCGGAGUUGGAAGGUGAGACGGAUAUGAAAGGAGAAGCACAACAUGGGGGCCAUUCGCUCGAGCAACAUGGCAAUCAAGUUAGCGAUGUGAGGGACAAGGGAAGUCCCGGACUACUCGGUGCAAAAGACAGGCGUAGAGGAAGGGGAAGAGGAGGCCGCUUCAUCUCGCCCAUUCCUUCCCCACUGGCAAGUCCUAGCCCGAGCCCAACACCAUCUCCAGCCCUCAAUGGAGGCUCACCCUCGGCGUCACCUCUGCAAUCUCCGCGCCUAAUCUCUUCGCCGGACGAGUCCGGGUUUUCCGGCGGGCUAGUUGGUGCGGCGGACGGAGGCAGCGGCGUCGGGUUUUUUGAGCUCGACGAAGAGCUCGCCAGUCCGGCACUGAGAGACGGUCGACCGGCCGAGGCGUUUGACCUCGAGGUUGAGGAUGAGAUCAGCGAGAAGAUCGGCCGGGAUCCCGCGGGAGCAGGUGAGAAGGGACUAGGCAUCAUCCCUCAAGUCCAGGUGGGGAGCGUCCCCAUCGAUAUUGUGAAGCCCAGUGGGAGCUGGGUCGGGAGCUUUGGACAUUGA